ACAUUCACAUUAGACGUCGAAAAACAAGAAAGAAGUAGAAAAAGAGGUGAAGAAAAAGAAACAGCAACGAUCGGAAAUUCCGAUGGAACAAAACUGGUUUGCCGUACAAACAGCAAAGGUCUACGGGACAAUCCAACCUUGUAAUCUUCAGAUAAUACACCAAAUGAUCAUUGUACGCGCGUCUCGAUUCUUGCGAGAAAAUAAAUAAUAAAGUUAUUUAUUCAAAGCGUAGAUGAGUUCCUUGUGCGCGCGUUAAACGACCAUUUAUUGGGCUGGAUAAACCUGACAGACAUGAGUGGAUCAACUUGCGUUUUGAAAUUGCUGAUUUUCGUGGCGCUUUGCGAACUUUUCGUGGCGCAGAAGACGUACCCUUGUCCCGGUAUCUUUCAUUACGAACCUCGAGCUAAGGAUGAGAUCGACAGGUGGACGGGGAUCAUCUCGAUAUCUUCGAGCGAAGAACUGCACGGCGUCUGGAUACAUUUAACUUUGGAUCGUCCAGUAAACGUGCUUCUGAAUUGGUUCGGUCAGGCCAGUUCGGCGGACAACAAGGAAUUCGUUAUUAAGAAUCCAGCGUAUUUGCUGGAACCUGGACCAACGGUGAACGUGAAGAUUCAGGUGAUCUAUUCACCUACGGAGAUAGUACCGAGCGUCACGAGAAUCCGAUUGAACGGAAGAACCGUGUGCAAUGAAGGUGUCCCAGUUCGCACGACGGAAGCCCCGAGUCCGUUCAUAAGUCAGAAGAUUACCAAGAAACCGGCCACCGCUUCUUCGGCCAUCAAUCGCCCUAGUCAAACAUCAAACAACGGGAAUCUUCUAUCGCAAUCUGCGAGCCGCAGACCUUCGUCUACCUCUACAGCACUGCCCUCAACAACUUCGUCAGAUACAUUUUUCACUGGAGAAUUGAACCAUAUCAUCAAUACAAGAAAACCGAAUAAACCAGGCGUCACUUUAUCCAACGAUGUGCGAUGCGGAACCGUGGCGAAACGAGGAAACGCGCUGAUAACGAACGGUCAGGACGUGAAAGAAGGAAGUUGGCCGUGGCACGUUGCACUCUACGUGUCCGAUGGUUUGCAGUUGAGAUACAUUUGCGGAGGAAACUUGGUCAGGCACAAGUACGUGAUAACUGCCGCUCAUUGCGUAACCAGACCGGGAACGAAUCGGAAGAGCGAUGCGGAAGGAUUCCUCGUACAUCUAGGUCGCACAUUUCUGAGAACGUUCGGCCCUGGCAUUCAAGAACGCAGAGUGGAGAGGAUAACAAUCCAUCCGGAGUACAACAACACCUAUCUGCAGAAUGAUGUAGCCGUGUUGAAACUAUCACGAGAUGCCGAUUACACCGAUUACGUGCGCCCCGUUUGCCUGUGGAGCGACGCCGCUGAUGAUAGUGUAAUUGGAAAAUUAGAGCGACAAAUCACAGAUACUCUGCAAGAAGCCCAAAUGCCAGUCAUCGAUACGUUGACCUGUAUCUUCUCCAAUCCAGAUUUCUACAGCAAAUACACGUCGACGAACACGCUGUGCGCCGGAUUUAGGAACGGUACUUCUGUUUGUAACGGCGAUUCGGGCGGUGGAAUGUUCUUUUCGAAAACGACAUCGAAUGGAGAGGUGUGGGAGCUGAGAGGGUUGGUUUCAGUCAGUUUAGCGCUUCAGGGAAAAUACUGCGAUCCGUACAAUUACGUGGUGUUUAGUGAUUUGGCGCACCAUAAGCAAUGGUUGAACUCUGUACUGACUGUUUAAAUCCCUCGCGUUGUAUUAUUUCGUAAUGAAAGAACAGAAGACAUUGAAGUGAUGAAGAAAGAGUGGACGCGUUAACAAUUAUAUUUAACUUUAAUAAAAAUUAGAAUUAA